CUUAAUGGUCACAUGUUCGAAUGCGACAGAACACUCGAAGGUUUGUUCUGCACAUGUGCCCUUGACGUGGUGAAUUAUCGUUUAUUUUACAAUGUCAGGACCAAAGGCAGUUUGCGUUUUAUUGCCCAAUAACAGCCCUGUGAAAGGUGUAAUCCAUUUUGAGCAGGUGGGAGACACAUGCAAGAUAACUGGUGAAGUAGAAGGACUCACAGAAGGAGAGCAUGGUUUUCAUGUCCACCAAUUUGGAGAUGGCACUAAUGGUUGUACAAGCGCUGGACCCCACUUUAAUCCAAAAAAUAAAACUCAUGGAGGACCAACUGAUGAAACACGUCAUUAUGGUGAUCUUGGCAACAUCAGAGCAGGAAGCGAUGGUAAAGCCAAAAUUGACAUGACGGACAAGCUUGUUUCAGUUGUUGGACCAGAUUCUGUUGUUGGACGUACAAUUGUGGUUCAUGCUAAAAAGGAUGACUUGGGAAAAGGUGGAGAUGAUGAAAGUCUGAAAACUGGAAAUGCUGGUCCACGUGUUGCUUGUGGUGUUAUUGGUAUUAGCAAGUAAACAGUACCCUCAAACAAGGAAUUUGACAACUGAAAAGCUUGUUGUGUUAAAAGAUGAAAUGCUUUCACACUAAAAUCUAUGUGGUAACUAAAAUCAGACACACAAUAGUCAAUAAAUUUAAACUUAAAGUUUUAAA